ACGCGAAAAGAAUAUUUCAUUGGUGUCAUUGGUGACCAAAAUAGUGUACUGGCCGAAAACGGUCAUGUCGGAAUGGCCGAAAAUAAUAAUGGUCUUGAAAAUACUAAUUCUACUUCUGUUAAGGAUACUACGAAUAUUGGUACAAUACAUCAUGCAGAUAUUGAUGAUAACAGCUUUGAUGAAUUAACCGUUAAAGAUCCAUAUUUUUGGCCAAAUCAUAAAAGACAUUUAACGCCUGCAAUGUUUGAAAGAACUUUACCUAAUGGACAAAUAUGUGAUCGGCUGUGGCUUUUGUAUUCUCCAAGUCAGGGUUCAGUAUUUUGUUUUAUGUGUAAGCUUUUUUCAAAGAAUCGUGAAAACUCUUUUGUAAAAAAUGGGUUUGAUCAGUGGAAAAAAUUUGAAAAAAUAUCAUACCAUGAAAACAGCAUGUAUCACAGAGAAGCAAAUACUACAUGGCUACUUCGAGAAAACUCAUUAAAUUCCGUAAAUCAACAAAUCUGUAAGCAAAUAUCUACUGAAACUCAAUAUUGGAUUGAUGUUUUAAAACGCGUUGUAGCAGUUAUUAAAUAUUUAUCUUCACGUGGUUUACCAUUUAGAGGAGACAAUGAAGUAUUUGGAGUAAAAAAUAAUGGAAAUUACUUAGGACUUCUUGAACUAAUUUCUGAGUUUGAUCCAUUUUUGAAAACCCAUAUUGAAUUGCACGAUCAAAUGGCAAUAGUAUUAAGAUAUUGUACAUCACAUAAUGUACAAGAGAGAUUAUUAGAGCUUAAACCUAUUGAUAGUCACAAAGGUGAGUCAAUCUUUAAAUUGUUAGAAGAUUUUCUUAAAAAUUCUAAACUUGAUAUUUUAAAUUGUCGCGGUCAGUCAUAUGACAAUGCUCCUAAUAUGAGUGGAACUUAUGAAGGACUACAAGCAUAUGUAAAAAAAAAGUGUGAUUUAGCUAUUUAUGUACCUUGCACUGCUCAUUCACUUAACCUAGUCGGAGUUCACAGUGUGAAUUGUUGCUUAGAAGCAGUAAAUUUUUUUGGGUUUCUUCAGUCACUGUAUAAUUUUUUCAGUAGUGCUACUCACAGAUGGAAUAUAUUAACUACAUCUAUAGAAAAAAGUGAUAGUAAUCGAUUACUAGUAUUAAAAUCUUUAAGUGAUAGUGGUGAUACUAGAUGGUCAUGUCAUACAGAGUCUUGUAAAGCAUUAAUAAAUAAUUACACUAAAAUUAUUGAAGUAUUAGAAACUAUAAUAAGUCCUAAUAGUAAAGAAAAUGAAGAUACUAAAAGAAAUGCUAGACCAUUAUUAAAAAAAAUUUUAAAAAAAGAAACUGGAUACAUGGCACUUUUAUGGAAUGACAUUUUAGAAAGAUCCAACAAGACCUCAAUACACAGUUGCAAACAAUAA